AUGAAGUUCAACUGUGGAUUAAAAAAUAAUUUUGCUGAAAAAUUUCAAAAUUUAGAUGAAAAUAAAAAGAAUGAUGUAAAUGUACUCAAUUCAAAUGGAAAUAAUAAAAAUAUUUUUCAAAAAAAUAAUUUAAAAAAAAACAAUAAAUAUAUGAACUAUCCAAAUGAAUUAAAUAAAAAUACUUCUUUUGAAAAAAAAGUUAGCCAAUUUAUUUCAAACAGAAAGUUAAAUGAUAUAUCAUCAUCAGAAAACAAAAAAAAUGUUUUUUACAAUGAAAAAAAUGUUGUAGAUAAAAAAAUCAAUAAAAUGUAUAAAACUGAAAGUAUUCAUUGUAAUAAUAAUCCCACUGUAAAUUGUAUAAAAAAAAAGAGUUAUAUAAAUGAAUGUAAUGACUACAAGAAAACUUCUAAUGUUAAAGGCGAGUAUAAAUUUAAUAAAUUCAUCAAUAAGGAGAAAAUAUCUUGUGAAAACUCAAAAAAUAAAAAAAUUAAUAAUCCUCACAAUUUCACAGAAGAAAGCAAUAUAAAUGAUAUUAAGAUAAGUAAAAAUAUGAAUAAUAUGAGUAAUACUAUAGAUAAUACUUUUAAUAAUAGUAAUAAUAAAAAUGAUAAUAUGAAUAAUAGAUUUAAAAAUAGUUUUGUGAACAUUAAUAAUAUAAAUAAAAAUGUAUGUGCAACUAAUAUUUAUAAAGACAGUGAUCUUAAAUUAAAUAAUUAUCACAAUAAUCUAUAUAAAGUGAAUCAUAAAAUUCAUAAUACUAAUAAUAUAUCUUAUGGAAAUGGAAAUGUAAAUUACUUCAAUUCAUCUAAUUUUAAUAGAAAAGAGUCUUUUAAAAAAAUUCAAAACACAUACAAUAAAAAUAAUGAUAAUAGGAAAAUUAUAAAUGAUCAAAACAAGUAUAAUGAAACUAAUAAAAGUAAUAAAAAUUAUAACGAAAAAAAGAAUGACAAUAAUAACAUUGAUAAUAAAAAGUAUUAUAGUAAAAAUAAUGAAGAAAAUAGCAAUAAAAAUACAAACAUUAUAAAUAAGAAAAGCUAUUUCAAUAAAAAGUAUAACAAUGAAUAUUUUUAUAAUUAUAACUUAAAUAAAACUUCUUUUAAUUACAAUUUAAAAAUAAAUAUCAAUAAAAAUAAUAAUCAUUACGUAAGAUACAGAAAAAAUGAAUUCAAUAAAACUUAUUGUAAUGAGAAUUAUUUAAAUAAAAAUUUUAAAAAUAAAAAUAUGGGCAAUUUAAAUAUAAAUGAGAACAAUUUUAGCAAAAAUAAAAGUUUUAUCUCAGAUAAUAAUAUUAAUGAAAAAUUCGAAGAACACUUUAAGUAUAAAAAUAAUGAUUCUUAUAUUGAUGAAAUAAAUAGAUGUAAUUAUAUAAUCGAAUCCGAUAUUUCAUGUACACAUAAUGCAAAUAUAUUAGCGUUUAAAAAAGAAAAAGAAAUUAACAAAAUUGAAAAUGAAUGUGAGAACACAAAUAAAUAUGAAGAUACAAAUAUAAAUGAAAAUAAAAACAAUAAUGCUCAUUCAAAUAAAAAUGAAAAAAUAAGUGAAAAUAGAGAUAACGAGAAAGUUGAAAAUAAAGAUAUAAAAAAAAAUGAAACUGAAGAUAAAAGAAUAGAAAAUGAUUGUAAUAAAAAAAAUGAAAUUUUAAAUGAAGAAAAUUGUGAUAAUAUGAAUGAAGAAUUAAAAAGAAAAAAAAGAGAAGAAGAAAAAAAAAAAAUAAUGAAUUGGAAAACGGAAGAACAAGCAUUGCUCGAAGAGGGAUUAAGAGUUUAUAAAAAUUUAAAGAAUUGUCCAGAAAAAUGGAUAAAAAUUAGUGAAAUUGUAAAAAGCAAAAAUCCUGAUGAUUGUUUAAAGCGUUUUCUUUAUUGUAGAUCGAUUGUUUUGAAAGAAAAAGAAAAAAUGAAAAAGGAGAUGGAGCAAAUGAAAGAAAAAGAAGAAAAUGAAAAAAAUGAAUAUAAAGAAGAAAAUAAUAAAGAGAUUAAAAAUAGUGAAGAACUUGAACAAGAUAUUGAUAGUGAUGAUAUGAAUAUUAAUAAUAAUAUAAAUAUAAAAGGAAAAAGCUUGAUAUUGAAUAAUGUUCUAUUAAAAAAUAUAUCAAUGUAUAAAGCAGUAUUAUUGAAGUUACAAUUAGUUUGUACAAGAUGUUGCAAUACAUUUGAAGUAAUAUCAACAACUAAAGAUGAUUCUCAAUUAGUUUGUAAUUGUAUAAAUUGCUGUAAUAGUGCAGUUAUUGAAAUUUAUAGAAAUAUAUGUUUUUUGGAAAAUAGCUGCAUCUGCGUUUUAAAAUUUAACCAGUGUUCAUUAAUGGAUUUAUUAACUGCUGACUAUAGCAUGAACUGUGAGAAUUGUGGUAGAAAAAUUGUUUUUAAAAAUGUUACAUCAGGUAAAGAAAUGAAUGCUAACUGUCAUAAUUGUUUCACUAAAUUAGAAUUUAAAUAUAAGGAUUUUUCUUUUGACGAUACAAUUAAUGCAAAUAAUGACACUAUAAAAAAAAUUGAUGAAAUGAUAAAUAAGUUAUUUACAAAAAAAAAGUCGAACAAAAAAGUUUUGAGUACAUCAAAUAAUUUAAAAAUAGAAAAAUGUAAAAAUGUUAUGAAAAUAAAUAAUAUAGAAGUUAAUAAUGGAGCAUGUAAACAUUUUAAGAAAUCUCAUAGAUUAUUUAAAUUUCCAUGUUGUAACAAAGUAUUUCCAUGUCCUACUUGUCAUGAUUUAAAUAGUAAUCAUGAGUGUGAUAUUGCUAGAAGAAUUAUAUGUGGAUUUUGCUACAGAGAAUUCAGUGAUGAUGAAGUGUGCAUAUGUCAAAAAGAAAAAAAAGUUAAAAAAAGCGGAAAAUUUUGGGAGGGAGGAAAAGGUUGUCGUAAUGCAAUUACAUUAAGUAAAAAUGAUUCAAAGAAAUAUAAACUUUUAAAUAGACAAACUGCACAAAAAAAAAAAAAAAAAUAA